GAGUAAAAUUAGGGUUUUGCUUUGCCUCCAGAGCUAGGGUUUUGCUUUCUCACGAUGGUGGCGGACGCGGCGAAGCAGCCCAAGCUCACUGAGCGAGCUCCGGAGGACGACGCCGAUCACCUUGACAAGGAGCUCGUGCUCUCCGUCGAGAAGUUGCAGGAGGUUCAAGACGAACUCGACAAGGUUGAUGAUGAAGAGAAUGACAAGGUUUUGGAAAUUGAGCAAAAGUAUAACGAGAUACGCAGGCCCGUCUAUGUGAAGCGGAAUGAGAUAAUAAAAACCAUUCCUGACUUUUGGCUAACUUCUUUCAUGAGCCAUCCUGUACUUUGUGAUAUUUUGAGUGCAGAAGACCAGAAGAUUUUCAAGUAUUUAAAGUCUAUUGAUGUGGUGGACUUCAAAGAUGAUAAGACGAUAGGAUACUCCGUCACAUUUAACUUUAAUGACAACCCUUAUUUUGAAGAUACAAAGCUGACGAAAACUUUUACAUAUAUUGAUGGUGAGACAACAAAAAUUACUGGUACUCCCGUCAAAUGGAAGGAGGGCAUGGGUCUUGCAAAUGGAGUUACUGACGUGAAAAAUGGAAAGAAACGACCCCAUGUUGAUGAGAGCUUCUUCAGUUUGUUUAACGAAACUGAACAUAAAGAUAUAGAUGCGAUUCAUGAUGAGGUGGUAGAGAUAAUCAAGAAUGACUUAUGGCCCAACCCUCUAAAGUAUUUUAAUAACGAGGCUGAUGAGGAGGAGGUCAAUGAAGAGGAUUCUGAAGAUGAUGAAAUGGAGAAUGGUGACGAAGAAGAUGAUGAAGACGACAAUGACGAGGAAGAUAGCUAGAUUCUUCUCGGGCCGACUUCUCUUUCAUGGAUUAUGUCUUGGUCGAUCAGCGAUAUGUACCGUUGUAGUAGGAUACAUGGGAAGAGAAGAGGACUUGUAGCUUAUUAAUCCCCCACAGCAGACUUGUCGCAUAUAAAUUAGUCUCAGUUUAUCGUUUAGGCCUUUUGGGUUUUGUUUUGGUGCGCAGAGUCGUUUUAGGAUUGAUGCAGCUGACCCCGUUUAACUGGAUACGGCAUUGUAGACGUUCUUAUACAAUUCAGUCUUAUAGCAGAUGUUGGUUUUAAAGCUUAAAA